GUAGCCUUCUAAGAUAAACAUUGAUUUUAAAUAUGACUAACAUUAAAAAAAGUUGAAACAUGCAAACAAAAUUUAUUUUAAAUAUUUGUCUUCUCUUUUUACUAACCAAUCUAAUAUGGUCAUGUCCGAUCUGGGCUGGACCCCGAAAACCUCCACAUCUGACACCGGAACAGCUUCAACACCGUGACGAGUAUUGCAACGUGUUGGAUAUGAGCGAGCGAGACGGUGAGGGUCCAGCAAAGGAUCGGAGCCAAGUGCGAUAUGUACCCCUAAUUGGUGAGAAGCAAACCGACAAUACGAACCCAGACCCAGUCGACUAUGUGUACUACGACGGGCGAGAGAUCAAGGAUGUUUCGGAAGAUCGUUUGAAUAAAGCCGUCCUAAACUUAAAUCGUGAAGUAGCUGAAAAUUGAGUCCAAUAAAAAAAAAUUGCUUACAAGUAGUCACAAAAUAAAUUUGCAAUAAAACAAAAAUAAUAUGCUCAGUC